UCUACUGUACAACUCUCUCUUUCUCUGUGUCUUUUUGCCUCCCGCAUACACAGAGCCUGAUCAGGCUCCUCCCCCAUCCUCUCUCUCUCUUUCUGGAGCCUCCUCUUUCUCAUGGCUUCCCAAGCAAGCCUCCUCCUUCAAAAGCAGCUCAAAGAUCUUUGCAAGAAUCCUGUAGAUGGGUUCUCCGCCGGCCUGGUCGAUGAGACCAAUAUCUUUGAAUGGAGUGUAACCAUUAUUGGGCCUCCAGAUACUCUUUAUGAGGGCGGUUUUUUCAAUGCCAUUAUGACGUUUCCAUCCAACUACCCAAACAGCCCUCCAACAGUGAAGUUUACUUCAGAGAUAUGGCAUCCUAAUGUAUAUCCUGAUGGCCGUGUUUGCAUAUCAAUCCUACAUCCUCCUGGUGAGGACCCAAAUGGCUAUGAGCUUGCAAGUGAACGCUGGACACCGGUUCAUACGGUUGAAAGUAUAGUUUUAAGUAUAAUAUCAAUGCUUUCCAGUCCUAAUGAUGAAUCUCCCGCAAAUGUGGAAGCUGCUGUGGUAGAACUCAUCAAAGAAUACUGUGCUUGUGUGAGGAUCUUGGGACAGUGGACAUGUUGCAGAUUACUCCAUUGACUAUGAUGAGUAAAAUGUAAUAUGUGACUGUGUUCUCGGACACCUGGUGCCAACAAAAAAUGUAAUAUGUCAUAUAAUCAGGGAUCUACGUGAAUCCAAGGCAACUGAGUGAAAUAUGCUGAUGAUACUUGGAGAAGUACCCUUUUAUGAUGAAUGUUUGAGAGAAUGGAGGAAAAUGUCUCAACAGAUUUCUUCUCGCUAAAAAAAGGUCCAUGUAAUCUGGUGGCAGAACAUCAAGGAACAUUAUACUUCCGUGCAAAAUCCAGAAACGUGGUGCCCGCCACUGUGUGGUGGGUUAUUUCUCUGGUGUUGGCUAGUGCCAAAAUGUUAAUAUGUACUGAUUGCUGAGUAUGAAUUAAUCUCGUGCAGUAGUAUUUACAAAUGCUGAUAUCUAAGAUGCCCUCAGGACUGCUUAUUGCUGGCUAGUGUCAUAAUGUUAAUAUGUACUGAUUGCUGGGUAUGAAUUAAUCAUGUGCAAUGGUAUUUACAAAUGCUGAUGUCUAAGGUACUCCCAGGACUGCUUCUUGUCUGCUAAUAAGUAUAGGAAGCCAAGGUCUCAAGAACAUAUGAUUCGGUGCAUUUGAAAUAGCUUCCUUCUUAUUCCUCUACUGAUUUUGUGCUUUGAUCCACUAAGUCCUUGUGUAAUUUUGUUGACUGUUCGGGAUAUGGUUGCUGUUCUUUUUUCUUCUUUCACGAAAUUGACGUUUGAUUUUCCUUUUUUCUCUUUUAUGGUCGUUUAUUGGUAAGUUACUGCUGCUCUUUUAAUCUACCCCUCCAUACAUGAUUGGUAGAGCAUUACUUUGGAAUGGAUACAGCCAAAUCAUUUAUAUUAUUGUUAUCACAUGUAUUUUAAUACUGUGAAGUUAAUAUGACAAACCCGUGCUCUAUGAUCUAUGCUUUCAUCUCUUAUUGCAGAAAGAAUGGAGAGAUAGGAGAGAUGAUUUCAAGAAAAAGGUCAGCCGGUGUGUAAGAAAAUCACAAGAAAUGUUAUGAUCCAUCGUGCUAUGCUCUUUUGUGCUAGUGAAUGCCAGAGAGAGGUUUUAAGUUCUUGUGCUGGGGGGGACUGGUUCACUGGGCAAUAUGUUGGUUCUUUUAGCAUGCUGCUGAAGUUCUCACACCUCUCUCUUAUUUCGUUCAUCGGCUUUCUCAGCAUGGUCAAUUGUAUGACGUGGAACAUCUAUGUAUCAAAAGGCUUUGGUUAGUGGCGUUUUGGUGACAAGCGGUCUUGUUGGGUACUUUAUGUUAUCUUUGUGAGUAUCUUGGGACUAAUACUAGCAAUCGAUUUCGUUUCUGAUCAAAAUCUGUUAUGUGUUUUUUUUUUUUUAAUAUUUUAUUUUAUAAUUUGUAUUGCAAAACCAAAAUGUGUAGACAAGCUAAUAGAAAUGAUUUCGGAUUCCUCCCUAAUAUUUGGAUAUUGAAGCUGCCUGUAAUGCCUCUGUUCUUUA